AUGUCUCUUCAGCAGCUAAGGCAAGAUAUUAAAAGGCUGGAAGCACUCUUCCCUAAAAGUCAUAAGUUUGUUCAGAUUAGAAAAGCAGCGAUUGAUGAACUCGUUGUGCAUUUUAAUCAUCCAAAAGGAAAGCAAAUUAUAGUCACAGCAAAUAUUUUGGAGGAUUAUCCACAGAUUGCUCCUGUUUGGUUUUCCGAAUGUGAAGAUUCAGUGAUAACAGCAACAUUGCAGUCAUUAACAGAUGCCGAAUCACCCUGCAAUAUUCUUACCCAAGUUCAUGACUUAACGCUUAAUUUAUGUCAAUAUUUUGAAAUAGCUCCACCAUCCGAACUCUCAGAUUUGAAAUCGAGUUAUAUGGAUGAGUGCGAUGAAGGAAUGGAAAGUGAUAUAGAUAUGAGUUCUUUGCAGAAUUGUUCGAAAUCAGUCGAUGAUGAUGAAAUGCUUGAAGAAGGCAAAGUUGUAUUAGAGCGAUUGAAUCAAGCUCAAGUGCGGCAGCAUGUAUCAGGCACUAUAGCUGGUUCAGUAACUGCUACUGAUCGCUUAAUGAAAGAACUUCGAGAAAUUUAUAAGUCGGAACAUUAUAAAAAAGGCAUCCAUAUUUUCCAUCCAUAUUUUUUAAAGCUAAUGAUCUAUCUACUUUAUAGUCUAAGUGUUUACUCAAUUGAAUUGAUAGAUGACUCGUUGUAUAAUUGGCACGUUAGGUUGAAAAAAGUAGAUCCUGAUAGUCAUCUUGCUAUGGAUUUGAAAACAUUAUACAAUACCGAAAACCAAGAUCAUCUUCUCUUCCAGUUUCUUUUUAAAGAUACAUUCCCGUUCGAACCUCCGUUUGUUCGCCUCGUCUCUCCAAUGAUACAAAAUGGAUUUAUUUUGAAUGGUGGUGCAUUAUGUAUGGAAAUUUUAACCAAACAGGGUUGGUCAAGUGCAUAUAGUUUGGAGAAUCUCAUUUUGCAAAUAGCAGCUACUCUUGUAAAAGGAAAGGCCCGAAUUCAAUUCGAUAUCAAAGGACAGUACAGUCUUCAAAAGGCUCAAACUUCAUUUAAUUCUCUGGUACAAAUCCAUGCAAAAUCUGGUUGGUUUACGCCUCCAAAAGCUGAUGGUUGA